UUGGAAUAGCCACCGCCGCUGCUGCUGCUGCUUUCCCCUCCCUCCCUCUUCUUCCACCUCGCCCGAUGCCCCUCCCCUUUCCCCUGCGCGCUUCGCUCGAUCGCAGCAGGGCUUCACCGCGUCGUCGCGCCGCGGGACCGAUCGAGAUGCACGCCCCGAUCCUCGCGCCGCACCCGCCAGCGGCGAGGGGCUCGCUGAAGAGAGCAGUGGACGAGGAGAUCGAGGCCGACUCCGCCGCCUUCUGCCGCACCUGCCACGAGCCCGGUGAUGAGAUUAUCUCGCCCUGUAGGUGCAAGGGGACGCAGCAGUUCGUGCACCGCUCUUGCCUUGACCACUGGAGGUCUGUCAGGGAGAGCUGCGUAUCUUUGUAUUAAGAAGAUGUUGUAAAAAGGAUUAGUACAACGCGGGCCGUCCGGGCGCACGCACACGGUUAACAGUUUAUUGUCUAUUACAUGCGAGAUUAACAAUCGUUUUAGAAUGAGACGAAGCUCAGUUUAUCGAUGAAGCCGUUCUCCCGUUGCUUGAGCUUCUGUCGCUGCCGGCCAGCCGAUGGUGACCAAAUGUUUGGCACCCGCUGCUGACCAGAGAACGGUUUCAUCGAUGAGCUGCUGUAAAAGCUGCGCCGGCUGCAAGGGGGUGGCUCUGCCAAACACCCUGUUGUUGCGCUCUCUCCAGAUCAUCCAGGAUAUAAGCAUUAUGCUGGAGUCAAUACCUUUCUUCUGCGUAGCGUUCAGGCCAUGUCUCAUUUGGAGCCACCAUUCAGUUAAGCUCCCGCCCGGCACUGGACCGGGAACGAUAGAGUGCAGGAUGGACCUGAUGAGGUGCCAUAGCUGUUGAGUGUAUGAGCAGCGAGCGAACAGAUGGUCGGAGUCUUCUAGUUCCUGAUCACACAAGGCGCAGGCGGUGCUGUCCUGUAAACCACGACGAUGGCGUCUGGCUGCUGUCCACAAGCGAUCUCUGCAGGCUAGCCACAUGAAGAAGCACACCUUCAUCGGCGCCCAUGCUUUCUAGAUCAAUGAGCCUGCAGGAGAUGUUUGUGAUCCGAUGAAGAACGCCCGGUACGCAGACCUUGCUGAAUAAACCCCCGAAGGCUCCCAUUUCCAAGUGAUAACAUCUUCAGAACCUGGCCUUAGCUGAACGCGCUGCAGUUGGUGCCAGAGAAGCACAUACGGAUGGAUGGCUGGCACUGUUAGCUGUCCAACAACGUCGGAAAUCAAUUUCUUGUCUUGCAAAGCUUCAGACACUAGGCCCCUGUUUCUGACUCUGGACUUGACAGUGUUGCAAAGAUCAGGAGCGAUGGAGCAUGGCGAUGAAUCACCAUUCCACCUGUCAAUCCAAAAUAAAGCUAGGUUGCCGUCCCCCAGUUGUACUUGAAUCGAGGCCUGAAACAUUUUCUGAAGCACGUUGUCAUUAUCAAACUGCAGAGCGAGGUUUCUCCAAGGUCUGUCAGGGUUGGCUCUUUUUAACCACAUCCACCUCAAUCUCAGGGCAUAGGAAGCAAUCGUAAGAUCUGUUGUACCAAGGCCUCCCAGUUCCUGUGGUCUGCAUGAUGCAGUCCAAGCGACAGGGCAUUGCCCACCAUGAGCCUUCUGCCUUGCAGCCCAGAGAAAGCUCCUUCGGCGCUUGUCAAUUUCACUGAUCACCCACUCAGGAAUCUUCAGCGAGAUGAAUGUGUGAGUGCAAGUUGAGGUCAUGACCACUUUUACCAUCGUCAGCCGGCCAGCUUUGUUCAUCAGUGAAGCUUUCCAGGUCGAGAUGCAGGCUGCUACUUUGUCUACCAGUGGCUGCAAGUGUACCUUUUUGAGACGGCCAACAGUGAGUGGGAGGCCAAGGUACUGAAUGGGGAAUUCGGAGAUUCUGGCUGGGAGAAAGGUGCUGAUUCUUUGCACCUGCUCAUCGAUACAGGCAAUGGGGGCUAUGAGGCUCUUUUGAAGAUUGGUGUGUAGCCCUGAAGCGUUCCCAAAGAAAGCGAGUGUUUCUCUAAUGGUGAUCAUGUCCUGGGCUGUAGGAGAAGCAAAAAUCAUGACAUCAUCGGCAUAUAAGGAGCAUUGGUGUUAGAUUGCCGUGUGUGCCGGUGGGUGAAGCACUCCUGCUUGUACUGCUUGCUUGAGCAACUGGUGUAGCACCUCCAUGACAAUGAUAAACAACAUUGGAGAAAGGGGAUCUCCCUGAUGUAAUCCCAGAGCAUUCCGAAUCAGUCUGCCUGGAUUGCCGUUGAGGAUGACUCUGGUAGUGGCUGAGGAGAUAAGUGAAGAGAUCCAAUCGCACCAUCUUGUACUGAAGCCCAUUGCCUGUAGGACUUGUAGGAGGAAUGCCUAGUUGACAGUGUCAAAGGCCUUCGAUAUGUCUAUUUUGAUUAGCAAGGUUGGUUUCCUGUUGCGGUGCAAAGUUCUUGCAGCUUGUUCCACGAACUUGAAGUUAUCAUGAAUGGACCUCUUUUGAAUGAAA